UAUUUUGGGAGAAAACAACAUUCCCAGAACUUUCGGGUUGCGUGUCCUUAUUUAUAAAUGGUUUUCAACUUUUUACUCACCAGAGAUUUUGAUUAAUACUUUGAGAAAUUCGAAUGCUCUGUUUUGUUUUCUCGGGAAAAUUAUCAGAGUGAGAUAAAGAUCAGAGGAAAGAUGAGAGCCGGCGCGAGUGGAAACAACGUUUCGGAGACUAUAAACGCAGCCGCUAGUGCGUUUGCUUCCUCUGAUGAUCGUGUUCAUCACCAACCUUCUCCGAUUCAUCAGAAGAAGCGAAGAUGGUGGGAUCGCUUCAUAUGUUUCAGACCUUCAACACAAAGAAGAAAACGAAUAGGGAAAGCCGCACUUGCUCCUGAACCGGUUCAUACCGAUUCCACAUCCAAUUCCGGUUAUCGUUCGGUUAUGACGGCUCUUCCUUUCAUAGCUCCACCUUCAUCUCCUGCUUCCUUCUUCCAAUCAGAACCUCCUUCCGCUACGCAAUCGCCUGUAGGGAUCCUCUCCUUUAGUCCUCUACCUUCUAACAACAACAACAACAACAACAACGAGCGUCCUUCGAUAUUCGCCAUCGGACCUUACGCUCACGAGCCUCAGCUGGUGUCUCCUCCGGUUUUCUCUACUUACACCACCGAACCAUCUUCCGCUCCGGUUACGCCGCCUCUCGAUGAGUCUUUCUACUUAACCACCACUACUCCUUCUUCGCCUGAAGUCCCUUUCGCUCAGCUCUUUAACUCCAACAUUAACUAUGGUCUCAGGUCUCCAGUCUCUAACUAUGAGUUUCAGUUUUACCAACUUCCUCCUGGUAGUCCACUCGCUCAGCUUAUCUCGCCCAGCUCGGUUAUGUCCGGUUCGGGUCCAGCUUCUCCUUUUCCUGACGGAGUCACUCACUUCCAAGUCUCUGAUCCUCCGAAGCUGUUGAGCCCUGGUAAGCUGCAUUUCUCCAAGGCUGUUACGACUCCUAAAGAGCAGAAGAAGAUUGCGAGACCGAAUAAACCGGUUUCUUUUGAUCUUGAUGCGGAUCAUUUCAUUAGAUGUGUAGAUCAGAAGCUAAGAACAACGUUCCCUGAAGCAUCUGCGUCGUCUCAUCAAGAAGCAGCGCAGCAUUCCUCUCUCGGGCCGAAUAAGGAGUUCGAUUUUGGUACGGAUGAGAAACAUUUGAGCGUUGAUGAUGAUGAACAUAGCGCUUCGACCAAGAACAACAACGAUUGGUCCUUCCCUGUGAUGCAAUCAGGUGCACUUAGCUGACUUCUAGUUAUAUAGAUUCUGAAUUUCGAAAUCGAUUUGGACAUAAGCCAGCACACAAAGAUCUUGUUCAAGAUUCAAGAACGAAAACGAAAACGAGUUAGUGAUCUUAUUACCCUUGUUUUUUAACAGAAGUAUGAUGUUCUUACAUAGAAGCCUUUAGAUGAUUAUGUUCAGGAUCUUAUGGAUAGUUUCUCGUCUCUCUUUUUGGUUUUGUAAUAAAUAGUUGACGUUGUCAGUUGUUGUAUUUGGCUGUCUUUAUGUAGAUUUUUUUUUUUCAAUUUGUGCAUAUAAUAUAUUUGAUCGCAUUUAUAAAGAAGUUCCAAUAAAUCUUAGA